AUGAUAUCGAAAAGAAUUGAGGAGGCAACAAAACAACAAUCAAAAGUUUUUGGUGUAAUUCCUUAUAUGUAUCUUAAAAGGUUUGGUAGACGACAAAGAAGUGAUAGAUUGCUAAAUGAGAAGAGUGACGUUUAUAGCGUUGGUGUGUUGUUAUGGGAGAUGUCGAGUGGUAGACCUCCUUUUUAUGUUGAAGGUCUUAGAGAAAUUAUCAUUCCUGGUACACCGGAAGAUUAUGUAACCAUUUAUACUGAAUGUUGGGAUAUGAACGAAAUAGUCGAUAAAUUAAAUGCAAUUAUAACAAAAUCAAAU